AGUUCGCUCAUCAAUCAAGAAGGCAAAACUACAAACCUCCCAAAAUGCAGGCAGCAGCAGCAGCAGCAGUGUGUUUCACCCCCUCAAUUCUGACCAUCAGGAGCACCAAAUCACUGGUGCCAAGCUCAGCCAAGCCGCACAGAGCCUUCAUUAUCAGGUCCACGGCCGCGGAAAAAUCCACGUUCGACUAUAGCUCCACCGUCUCAGUGUUCCCUAUGGAGGCCUGUGACAUACUCGGGGGCGAGGCAUGCGACACGAAGAUGUUCCCUGAGGUGAAACUUGCAGCAUCAGACAAGAACACCGCUGGCUCUUCUGUUGCAUCGGAGGAGAUCGAGCGAGACUAUCUCGAGUACGACGACUCGAAAACUGUGUUUCCUGGGGAGGCAUGUGAUGACCUUGGAGGAGAGUUCUGCGAAGCUGAGUACCAAAGUGGUGUUUACUAAGAGAGAAAUGAAUUUAGCAGACGAGUAUUCAGAAACACAUGCAGCAUGUGGACGUAGCUGUGUGUGAUAUAUGUAUAUGUGUUCAAUAAAGGAGAGGAUAGACUUAACAUAUAGUUUCCAUGUUGGUGUUGUAAAUGCAUUGGAUGAUAGAUAUAUUGCUAUAAGUGCAAGUUUAAGCUUGAUAC